UGAAACGAACACUUGAUUUUUUACUUAUGAACAUGCUGCGUCCCGCCCCAGAUCUCAUACUGGCUUUGAUAGCUUCAUUUGUUGCAUGGUUUUUAUUUGCCUGCUGCUUCUCUCCCGCGUUUCAGCCCAGCCAGUGAACAAAGCGCCAUCUUCUUCGAUGCAUCACUCAUCGGUAGGCGUUCCGCACGCAAGUGGCCCCAGCACGAGUACGGUGGAUAAAACGAACGUCAGCAAUAAUCGCCACAUUAAACUCCAAUUUUCUGAUUCCACAACGAAUUUCUACUGCUGCGUGUACUAUGCUGCGGAAUUCUUCCGUCUUCGGCAGUUACUGUUGCCUCAAGGGGAUGUCGGUUUCAUUCGGUCCUUAUCCCGCUGUUUGCAAUGGGACGCUCGUGGCGGCAAGUCGGGUUCGUUGUUCAUGAAGACUCGCGAUGAGCGUUUUGUUGUAAAAGAACUGUCAACAGUCGAGAUGAAAACGUUUCAUGAAAUAUCUCAACAAUACUUCGAAUAUCUCAUCAGUGCCGCUGUUCAGCAACGCCUGUGCGUUCUGUCUCGCAUUUUGGGAAUUUUUCACGUGGGAUUCAAGAACACGUUAUCCGUUGACACGCACCGAUCCGAUGUACUUGUGAUGGAAAAUCUGUUUCAUGAUCGAGUGCAGUUGUCUUGCAUUUACGAUCUCAAGGGGUCCCUUCGAAAGCGCUUAGUAGACGAGGCUAGCUUGUUCAGACCAUCCACUGACCAGGAUACAACCGAAAUGCAAGGCGAAACCACCAAGCCUAAUCCUUCGGCUUCAUCCUGUGUGACAUCCGCGAUCACAGAACCCAAACACGGUACUGUCGCGCACCCUCAGAAACCCGUCCCCGUUCUGUUGGAUCGGAAUCUACUAAACGCGUCCAUUGACAGUCCUCUCUAUUUGAGAGUUCACUCAAAGGUUAGUUUGUUGUCAGCUUUGGUCACUUUGUCUAUCACCUUCCUGUACCUUUCUUUUUAUUGGUCUAUUUCGUGUGUAGUAUGGUUUUGUUUACUGGUAUAG